GCAACCACAGGCAAUACGGCGCAACCUUCGCCCGGAGCCGCACGUGUCCAGUUCGUUAGCAUAUAUACCGCAACCACACAACCACUUGCACUCUCAUCAUGAGGACUCUGAUACUAGCAUUCGCUGCUUGCAGCUUAGUUGCGAGUCAAGACUUCAAAUGUCCAGAGAAGAGCGGAUAUUAUCCAGACCCAUACCAAUGUGACCUUUAUUACAAAUGCACCAAAGGUGAAGCCGAGGAGCGACUAUGUCCUGAUGGCUUAGUUUUCGCUGACGAAAACCCCAGCAAGGAGCACUGCGAUAUCCCCUCCAACGUCGACUGCGGGGACAGGAAAGAACUGCAGGAGCCCAAACCAUCGAAAGGCUGCCCGAGACAAAAUGGAUACUUCAGACAUCCAGACCCACAGGCGUGCGACAAGUUCUACUACUGUGCGGACGGCACGCCCAACGAGAUCCCGUGCCCGCCUGGCCUGUACUUCGACGAGGACUCCUCCAACUGCGACUGGAAGGAGCUAGUGGCGAGGCAGUGCGAUAAGAUCACCAAGGACGUCCUAGACGAUGGUUUCUCUUGCCCCGAAGGCGAGGUAACGGGACCCAACGGCCGCGCCCUGCCCCACCCCACUUACCCCCACCCCGAGGACUGCCAGAAGUUUUACAUCUGCCGCAACGGCGUCCAGCCGCAGAAGGGCAGCUGCCCAUCCGGGAAAGUCUACAAUGAGGACACCUUCAUGUGCGACGAGCCGGAGAAAGUGCCUGGAUGUGAAAACUACUUUGAAGGACAGCCGCUGGAGAAGAGCAAAGUUCCUAAGAAGGCGUAAUUGUAUUUAAUAAUUUAGAAUAAAUAUUAUUUA